GACGUAAUCUUUUUGAAUGCGGAAGUGGUGAAAUGAGAAGUCGCGGUGGGUGUGAGCAGUUUGAUUUACAGCCUUUAAUGGAGACAGCAGGCUGUGAACCGAGUCACUAAACUACAGAAAUAGCCAUGUCUCCCGAUGAGCUGGUGUACCUGGGAAUUCUUGCUGCCUCCAUCCCCGUUGGAUUUCUCUUCCGUUACCUCAGUCCGCCCGUGAAGCAGGGAGCAGCUCUUCUUCUGGGUCUCUCCAUCACUAUCGCCACCUGUCACAUCCACACACUCCACUCGCUGGUGACGGUGAUCGGAACAUGGAUUAUUAUAAGGAGCAGCUGGCGGCACGCCCCGGCACUGAGCCUCAGCUGGACCUUCCUCUACCUCCUCUUCUUUCGGCUGAUAACUUGGUUCGGUCUGCCGCCUCCGACUCCCUUUGCCAAUGCUGUCCAGCUUCUGCUCACACUGAAGAUGGUGAGUCUUGCCAAUGAGGUGCACAGCUUCCAUGUGGAGAAGAAGAAAGAAGUGAGCUCUUUUGCGAAGUCCCCGGUCAUCGGCGGUCUGGCUCAGGAGCCCUCCCUCUACGACAUCCUGUCCUAUAGUUACUGUUAUGUGGGUAUAAUGACCGGCCCGUUCUUCCGCUUCCAAACGUACGUGGACUGGCUGAACCAGCCGAGCCCGAUGGCUCUGCCCGGCUCCGCGCCGUGUCUGCAGCGGCUGAAGCUCGUCCCGGUGUACGGAGCGCUGUUUGUGGCCGUCAACUCUGUCUUUCCACUGGCCUACGUCCGUACAGACGAGUUCUUGGAUCACAACUUUUUCUUCAGGUUUUUCUACAUGGUGGCAGUGUUCUUCGUGUUCAGGAUGCGUUUCUACGCAGCCUGGUGCGGCGCUGAAGCUGGCUGUAUCAGCGCCGGCCUGGGCUGCUAUCCAGAAAAGGCUCUUUCCAAGCCCGGAGGUGGACCCACCGUCAACUACAGUCCUGAUCCCUCCUCUGAAGAAAAAUAUGACUUCAAAACUAUCCAGAACAUCGACUGUUACAACACAGACUUCUGUGUGAAGGUCCGGCACGGCAUGCGCUACUGGAAUAUGACCGUCCAGUGGUGGCUGCAUCACUACAUCUACCCCAACGCCCCCUUCAAAGCCUACACACUCAGGGCCGGCUGGACCAUGUUCAUCAGCGCCUACUGGCACGGCCUGCACGCCGGGUACUACCUCUCCUUCCUCACCAUCCCGCUGUGCAUUGCCGCCGAGUCGGCCAUGGAGGCGUCCGUCCGAGCGAAGCUGGGCCCCCGCGGGCAGAACGUCUUCGACUGGGUCCACUGGUUCCUGAAGAUGAGGGCCUACGACUACAUGUGCAUGGGCUUCGUGCUGCUCAAGGCCUCCGACACCGUCAGCUACUGGACGUCCAUCUACUUCAGCAUGCACGUGAUCGCCGUCUGCUGCAUCGUAGUGGGACGGGUGCUGGGAGGAGGCAAGAGAGACGCGAGGAGAGCGGACAAGGAACAGAAGAAAGAGGGAGAGAAGACAGGCGACGUUAAGGAGAAAACUGGAGAAAAAACAGACUGAAUGGAUGUACAGUAAAGUUCUUGUGGGAUCAUUUCUGGGGGCGAAUGGCAUUAAUUCAAGAUGAGAAUUAUAAACCUUUACGGCACCGUCACUCAUGUUUCUGACAACAAAGCGUCAUGCAGGUCCAAGGUGACUGCUUUUGAGAAACAUCAGAUCAAAUUUUAUUCAGUCAGUCUUAAUAAACCCAGUGAAGUUCAUGUAAAAACUUAAAUUUUAAAACUGUGAAUACCGCUCAGUGAAUGUUACUUUUAUAUUCAGAGGAGAAAAACCAACCUGUAAAAUCUAAAUGUGCUCCGAGUAUUUUUAGCUGUAUUCUAAAACACCAAGUCACAUUUUAAGCAUUUUGGUGUGUAUUUCUUCAGAAAAAUGAGGUGUUUGACAAGUCAGCAUGUUUUAUCUGAUGGAAAGGAGACCAACAAAGCAAUUUAAUUAAUGUCACUUCAGAUUCAAUAACUCAAAAAAAAAAAAAACCCUCAACAGGUGAUGCUCGACUUCCGGUAUUACAUUACGGUGUCUGUUCGGAUGAGUAGUGAUGUGAUUGUGACAGCAUUGACUGUCUGACAAUAGAACUGGUGAAAUUAAAGCUUGUUUACAUAUUAGGAACAACGAACAGGUCAAGUCCAGAUCACAUUUCAGAUCCUGCCUAAUUACAUUACAACCUCUUUUUUUUUUUUUUUUUUUAUCAUUUUCAUCAGUCCUGUGAAUUCACAGUGUGUCACUGGAGUGGCUUUGUUUUAUUUUACCUGUAAUUUUGCAAUGUUUCAGAUGGCAACAGUCUGUUCACUGCCAAACUCAAAUGUCUGUUGUGCUGUCAUCCACUGUUCGGGGUCGGGACCAAACGUGAUGC